AUGGAAACCACUUUAACCCAUCGGCCGUGGGAACCUACCACAACAGGGCCGCAGAAUGCUCCGGUCUCUUCUGCGCAAACAUUACCCUCGAUUUCAACUCUCACCGCAAGUAUGAGCAGCAACAUACCUCUCCCCGCAGAGAAGUCCCCAGGGAAUGCAUCCUUGAACACGAUAGAACGCGACUCGGGAAACUGGUCAAUGCCUCAAAGCACAAGAUCAUCCACCUACUCCACGGCGACGAACGGAACCGGCAAUUAUCCCUCUCUAUCCUUCCUCACUUCCUCUCAACCGUCCCCGAAUCGUGGUUCUGUUUCCGAGCGAUCUCCCUACCCGAAUGACCACUCGAACACGAAUACGCCUUCCUCUGCCGGCGCUCAUCCGUCUCCCAACUUUGGUUCCCAAACAAAUCCAGCCCUUCCCUCCCUCAACCAGAAUUUCGAUGCUCCUUCUCAACGCGGCAGCAUUGCGGAGCCAGCCGAAUCGCGACGCAGUAGUGUUGAUAGUAGGAUGAAUCAGGGAAUCAGCUCCCUGGCCAUCAAUCCCGCCUCACCUUACCACAGCACAAAUGCCUCCCAGACAUCAAUUGUAUCGGGAUUGCAAAGGGAACGUGGGAUUUCCAUGGACGUGAAUAUGAACAGUUCAUACCGAGGACCACGCUACUCAGGGAGCCAGCCCCUCUCUCCACUCGGACCGCGAGCCGGAGAGCACCGUAGCUUUGCGGCUGGCCGCACUGCUCCCGCGAUUUCAUCAAAUCCUCGCUCGGAAAUUUAUGCUGCAGAGACGCCUACCGCCGGUCUUGCCUAUGCCUUUCCCGACCCAGAUGUUGCGCGAUCCAAUUCGAUGUCUUCCACAAACGAUAAGUCUCAGCAUCCAUUCUCAAGGAAGGGAAGCACGGCCGAAUCGUUGGCUAGUAGUAUCUACUCGGACGCGCGAUUGCCUCGUGGCCAACAUGAACUCCCUCAGAAUGUCCACCACCAUACUCUGCAGCACAAACAAGUACGCGAUCUCAUCGGAGACCCAGAGCCGCCCACCAGCAGUACUCCAUACAGCCGCACGCCGGAGCUGCGAGUAACUCACAAGUUAGCCGAGCGUAAACGUCGCAGUGAGAUGAAAGACUGCUUCGAGGCAUUGCGCAUGCGGUUACCUCAGAGCCAAAACAACAAAUCCAGCAAAUGGGAGACCCUGACUAGAGGUACKGGUUUUGUCAUCGCUUCGUCGAAUCACCUUUAUACUGACUUGCGUCUAGCGAUCGAGUACAUUGGACAGCUGGAGAAGAUGUUGAGUAACGCCCGUCGUGAAAACGACGUCUUGAGGAGCGAGGUUGAAGAGAUGCGAGCCCAGCUGAGUCAACAACAAGCACACCAACAGUCGCGGCCGCCGUCAAUAUUCGAGCACCACCCAAUGAACGGACAACAAGCCAACGGACAGUCGCAUGGCCCUGGUCCGGCCUUCUCUAAUUAUGCCCCUAACUCUUCUGCAAUGAUGCAAGAUCAACCACGCACAUUGCCUCCAUUGAUGAAUGGCUCCGUUGCUCCGAUGCAGGGAGUGCAAUAUACCGACGACCGUCGGUAG